AUGUCGGUAGAUGAUGGAAGACCUCGUCGUGUCUCUUCACUGGUCGUUCCUGAUGCAGCUCUGGCCGAGGAGUUGGCAAGUCUCUAUUUCCGAUACAUGCACAUUACGUUUCACAACAUAUUCCAUCGUGCAACAUUCAUAGCGCAGGUAAAGGACUCUUCUAUCCCAAAGAUUCUAUUCUUUGGUGUCGCAGGUCUGUCGGCGCGAUAUUCGACACAUCCCGUAUUUGCGUCUAUUACACCAUGGGAUAGAGGACGACCGUACCGGGAUGAAUGUAAGAGAUUGCUUGAUCUGGAGGAUACUUCAUUGAUAAGUAUCCAAGCUUGCAUGUUGCUCGCAGCAAACGCGUCAGUUGAGGGAGAUUCUAGGGCCGAGUCGGUAUAUCAAGCAAUAGCUUCACGCAUGGCCAUGCUGUUAGACCUACCAAACCUACCAACCGAGUCAGUUCUAGAGCAGGAGAUUAACAGAAGAGUAUGGUGGUCACUCAUUACAACUGAGACAUGGUCAAGCGCAACUCAGUCUCUCCCUAGGUAUAUAAAACCACGAAACACCGUCCCGUUGCCCAUGGAUGAGGGCCGAUUUGCCUCAUUGACCUACAACAUGCCAGAGAUACAAUAUGACUCGUCGCCUGGUUCAUCCCCCAUUUGCAACUUCGAUCCGCACUCUUUGGUCGCCCAGAUGAUCCGGCUCAAUCUCUUACUUUACGACAUCAUUGUCUUUCUCAACUCCCGGGUAGUAGAUACACAAGAUGAACACUCAGUGAGCGAAAGUUGUGAUCAUCAACUUCGCCACAGCCUUGAUGAGUGGGCUGACAACUUACCCCCAAGACUUCGCUAUUCCGAGGAAAAUGUGAUCUACUGGGCUGAUGAGGGCUUUGGUGCUAUUUUUAUCACACUACAUAUCAACUAUAAUCACGCUGGUCAGCUCUUAUUCUAUCAAAACCUUCAAUCUGCUCAAGAACAGGAUGCAGGCGAUGAAAGUAGGCAAGGGUUCGCCCAACGAUGUAAACAGCACGCAACAAACUUGUGCGACCUCAUUUAUGAAGCGAAAUGGCGGCCAGAUACUGUCGUUUUGUAUCCACUUGCUGGCCAUAUUCUAUGCUUGGCUUCAACGGUUCAGAUCCAUACACUUCUCUUCGGUAUAGACGAUGACGAGAUCAUGGCUGCGAAGACGCGGUUGGAGACAAACUUUGAAAUGAUUUCAUCGAUGAACAACUACUGGCCUAUGAACCAUAUGUCAAUUAGCCGGCUGCAGCAUUUCCAUAACGCCUGUCUUCGAAGCAAAGACGAUUCAUUCCGUUUAGAUGCUUGGAUGCUUCAAUUCUUGUUAGGGUUCACGCAGGACAUUAAAGAUAGGGAUGCAAUUUGGACAUAUGGGCAUCGGGCGCUGGGCGAAUUUGACCCCCUAAGGGAUCUCUUGGAUAUAUAA